GCAACCCUACUCACAUUGCGUCCGGCCGUCAUGGAGUCCACAGAGAGCAGAUUCGCUCACCUGCUGAAGCCCAUCAGGGAGCUGACCAAGAACUGGGAUAUGGACGUGGCGGCCGAGCUCAACGAUUACCUGGAAGAGCUGGACGAGAUGUGCAUCACGUUCGACGAAGGAAAAACCCGACUGAACUUUGCGGAGGCGGCGCUGCUCAUUCAGGGCUCCACCAGCAUCUACAGCAAGAAGGUGGAGCUUCUGCACAAUCUGGUCUACCAAACGCUGGACUACAUCAGAGACAGGAAUAACAAACGAAACAAAGAAGCAGCGGCCGGCGACGGCAGCCAAGUACGAGAGACGGCGCACCGGGAUGACGACGAUAACGACGACAACUCUUUCUACGAUGUGGACGUCAAAACGGCGGAUUGCGUGGACAGAAAUGAAGACGAUGUGUUUGUGAAGGUGGUUCCUCUUCCUCCGACAUCUCUGAUCCCUCCAGAAAGUCACGAAAAGCUCAAGUUUCCGCUCAUCAGUUCCAAAGGUGAGGUGCCAUGCAGCCAAAAGGACUUCCGGAUCAACAUUUUUCUUCCGGGACUUGACAACAUGAUCAUCCUGGCGCCGGUGUCCCAAAGCGAUAUGCUUCUGCAGACCCCUGUUAACGCCCCGGCGGGCGGUCGUGAUGUCACGGCGGAAUCCCCCGAGCACAGCUUCCUUCCGUUGGACGACGUCGUGGAAGCGGACCCGGGAGUGGACGAGCACAUCCAGAGGCAGCAGGCUUCCGGUCGAGAACGGCCAGAACGGGUGGUCCUCGAGGAGGUGGCGCACUUCGCUGACAACACGUGGACGCUUCACGACCCGUACGUCACGCUGAAGGAGGGCAAACCUUUCACGUCAGGAAAGUGCUACAAGGUUCCGGCCGGUCUGGACGACGGAGGCAAAAGGAAACGUCUGGUGACGCCGACCCUGAAGAACUUCAGGACCUGGUUCAAAGAAACAUACGAUCCUCCCGAACGCAAUCUCCGAAAAGGACCGGCCAGCAUCGACCUCAACUACAUAUACCGGGAGGUGCUCAAAAGAAAGCUGAGGAACCUCAGGAGGAUCAAGCGGAAGCAGUUCGGAGGCGUUUCGGACGGGGACCUGAUUAAAGAGCUUCUGGAGCCUCAAGAAAACCAAGGGAACUUUGAAUUCCAGGAGCAGGAACAUCAGGACUCCGAUGACGAGCACGAAAUGCCCGAGGAAGGAGACGACGUCGCGUCGCCAGGUGAGUGCUGUGGAGCGCAGGUCGGACAACUCGAGAUGAGAAACUGUUUGCUCGCAGAAGCCGAGCAGCUGACUUACGAAGACCUGGUCAAGCUGAGAGUGGAGCUGAUGACCAAGAACUGUCGAGACUACACGCAGGAGACGGCGUUGUCUCGCCGCGUCCAAGAGUGGGAGGAGAAGAUCCACCUCAGGCUUCUUGAGCAGGACGGGCGCGCGACGUUCGACAUCCACGAUUACGGCGACCGAAUCGUAUCAGCGUUGGGCGAGGUGGGCCGGCGCCGCAGCUUCGCGUCCAUCGUGAACGGCGUGGAAAGCUUCCAAGCCUGCAGGUUGCUGCUGGCGUCCUUGCAGCUGGCCAACGACAACACUGUGGCCGUUGACAGCGCGGCAGGUACGGAGGCUGCCGUCGUAGACACGGCGGGCUUGACCCUGCUCAGCAAAGUUCGAGCCGCCGACAGGUUCAAGAAUCUCCCCGCGCUUCCUCAAGAUUGCGAAUAA